UCUCAGCUGGAGUAGAUAGAGAGAGGGAGAGAAAGGCGUACAGAGAGAGGAGUGUGUGUGGAUGUAAUCGGCUGACUGACUGUGUGACAAAAAGGGGUGAACGUGUGGAUACUCCUCCACAGGACUGGAUGUGUUGGGGUUCACUGAAGAAAAACCACAACAAAGAGAGCGUGGCGGACACAAACUGCUGAGUGAACUGUAGCCUAACACAGGGGUGUGGAGGAGUAAGCAGACAAGGCUGAGCAGACGAGACCUGACUUGAGAGCGCCCAUGGCGAGCAAUAACACGGCCAGCAUCGCACAGGCCAGGAAGCUGGUGGAACAGCUGAAGAUGGAGGCCAACAUUGACAGGAUAAAGGUGUCAAAAGCAGCAGCGGACUUAAUGUCAUACUGCGAAGCUCAUGCCAAAGAGGACCCUCUGUUGUCGCCGGUGCCAGCAUCAGAGAACCCGUUCAGGGAGAAGAAGUUCUUCUGUGCCAUCCUGUAAACUCAGCAUGGCCCUUCAGCAGUCUGCUCUGUGUGGGACUUUGAACGUGGACGUUCAAAAUGCGUAGAAAUCUUCUAGUAAUAGGGCAUGGCAAUUAUUGCCCCCUUUCUCGAUCAGCACUUGAGGAGUGCAAAAAUUAAAAACCACAGAGUUAAAAUGUAACCAUUAACGGGGUUGUGAUUGCUUUCUGAGGGGUGUGCGGCAUGUUGAAGGGAUCUGUGCUUUUUAGAUGAUACAAAAGGGAUGAUGAUAAUGAUAAAGAGCCCAGAGAUGUGAUGGACAGCAAGUCAGCCUACUAAGUCUUCAGGCUGUGAUGUGUACAAACAUAAAAAAGAAUAAGAAAAAAAUAACUAAGCUAAAAAAAAAAAAAAAAAACAGACAAAAGAAUAAAAAUAUUUUGUGGAUCUGUUGGGACUUCCAGAUGUUCUUUUAAAUGGUUUGUGGGUGGCUGAAGCACCGUAGGACAGCAAACAAAUCUAGGCCUACCACUAGACACCACCUGAUUAUUGGAAUGUCUUUUUAAGUUGUUUAUUUUGUGUUUACUCCAACUUUACCAAGAUAUAUUUCUCUAACUGUAUGUAGGUGAUUACUGAAGUCUCUCUUUUUUUUUUUUUUUUUUUUUACACCAACAGGUUAGUGAAAACUUUUUUUAUGGGAUGUUAAAAACAUUCGACUCUGUGAUUCUCUUUACACCUUUUCUGAAAAUCAGUCUCUGUGUAUAAACAUCUAUCUGGCAAAUGUGAUGCAGUUUGUCUCCUUCAGACACAAACCCUCUUUCUACUAUUUGUACAAAAUGACUAGCAAGUAAACUGUGCUGUGCUGUGA